AUGGAAGAAGUAUAUGAUGUAAUAGUUCUAGGCACUGGGCUAACUGAGUGCAUUCUUGCAGGAUUAUUCUCCGCACAAGGCAGAAAGGUCUUGCAUUUAGAUAAAAAUGGUUUUUACGGAAGUUUUACAGCUUCCCUCAAUUUAUCCAAUCUCUACAACUCAUUUUGUCCAGGUGUUGAACCUCCAGCUCACCUUGGAGAAAACCGUGAUUGGAACAUUGACUUAAUCCCUAAGUUCACAAUGGCUAAUGGGAAGCUAGUCAAAUUUAUCCUUCACACUGAAUCAGUUGCCAAUAAUCUUGAAUGGAAAUCCCUUGAUGGCUCUUUUGUUAUGCAGACCAGUUCUGGAGGAAUUUUCAGCAAAUCUAGGCCAAAAAUCUACAAAGUCCCUGGGAAUGAUUCUGAAGCCUUAAAAAGCGACCUAAUGGGACUUUUUGAAAAGAAAAGAUGCAAAAAGCUAUUUAAAUUCAUUCAGAACUACGACCCUGAAAACGUAGAAACUCAUAAAGGCCUCCAACUAAGAACCUUGCCAUUCAAAGAUCUUAUUGCUAAUUUUGGCUUGGAACAGAAUACAAUUGAUUUUAUUGGUCAUGCUGUUGCUUUAUACACUAGUGAUGAGUUCUUAGAAAUACCAAGCCAUGAAGUUAUGCUAAAAAUUAAACUUUAUAUGGACAGUGCUGGACUAUAUGGAGAUUCCCCAUUCCUUUACCCUGUUUAUGGUAUAGGAGGAAUAGCUGAGGGAUUUUCUAGACUUUCUGCCAUUUAUGGAGGAACUUAUAUGCUGAAUAAAGAAAUUGAUGAAAUUAUUAUUGGAGAAGAAGGAAAAGUGGUAGGUGUUAGAAGUGGCGACGAAGUUGCAAGAGCUCCAAUUGUGCUAUGCGAGCCGACUUAUGUGCUAAAUAUUGGGAAAGUAAGACCAACUGGAAGAGUAGUCAGAGCAAUCUGUAUUUUAAAUCACCCAAUUCCUAAUACAGGUGAUGCAGCUUCAUGCCAAAUUAUAUGCUAUUUUAUAAUAAAAUUUAUUUAUUUUACUAAUUAGGUUAAAUUUCAUAUAUACUACAGUAAUAAAUAAUUCCUCAACGUCAAACAGGCAGACAUAACGAUAUUUAUAUAAGCUGUGUCAGCUACGCUCACUUUGUCUGCGCUGAAGGCUAUUAUAUCGCCAUUUGUAGCACCCAAGUAGAAACUGAUUCUCCAGAAGGUGAGCUUCAAAUUGCCUUUGAUUUAUUAGGACAAGUUCUAGAGACUUUUAUAAGAGUCUAUGACACUUAUGAGCCAGUCGAUGACGGAAGAGCUGAUAAUAUUUUUGUCUCAAAAAGCUAUGACGCAACUUCUCACUUUGAAAGUGCAUGCGAGGAUGUUCUUGAUUUAUAUCAUAGAAUUACAGGCGAGCCAUUAGAUUUGGAGCAGCCCCUGAGGCCUUUCAUUCAACAAUAG